UUCAAUUCAAAACAAAAAGAUAUUUAGACAAGUUUUGAGAGACAACUUAAAGUCGCUAACCAAUUCCUUCUCGGAAUUCCACCACAUUGUAUCCUUGAACUGCUAGCGUGCCAGACCCCGGCAUAGACCUAGCACACGGAAUCGAUCAAACGCUGGCUGGCUUUGGCAUGGCACCCACCUGGCAGUGAGUCGAAACCAAUGCAACGCGAAUUAAAGCAGGUCAGCCAACUGGCAACUGAACUGGCAACUGAACUUCAACCUCUGACUGAAGGAAUUUCUCGGUCCGUUAGUCGUACGUACGGAAAGCGUCAGCAUGAGCGCCAACAAAAUCUUCCUGCGCUACUACCCGCCAGGUCUGGCCAUUAAUUACCGCACGGCGAAGGGCAGUGACCGAGUGCGUCACUUUGAUCUGCUUGACCUAGAUGCCAAAACAAACAUUGAGCCGCUGGCUGACAAGAUCCUCCUCCAGACACUAGCCGAGGCGGAGGAAGAACCGUCGGAGGAAGACCACGACCAGGCGUCACCCUGCCUUCCCGCGAGUGGCAGCGUGACCAGUUCCCAAAACACAUUCAGCGCCCUGAAGCUGGCGCUGGGUAAGCUACAGCAGAAGCUGCGGGAGCCCAUCAAGAAGAAAUUCUACCAGCACAAGUGCCACACCUCGCACAUCCUGCCGCUGACCAAUGUGUGCUUUGACCGCAGUGGGGAUCGGUGCCUCACGGGCAGCUACGAUCGCACCUGCCACUUGAUCGAUACCCAGACGGCCGAAGUGGAGCACAUCCUGACCGGACACGACAAUGUGGUCUUCUCCGUUGGCUUCAACACGCCGCGAUGCGACAAGAUCGUGACCGGCUCUUUUGAUUGCACCGCGAAGGUCUGGUCUGCCAGCAGCGGGCAGUGCCUCUGCACCUUGUUUGGCCACACAGCCGAGCUGGUGGCAACCGAGUUCCAUCCACUGCAUGGCGAGUCCAUUGCCACAGCCUCCAUGGACGGCACGGCACGCAUAUAUGAUGUGGAAACGGCCCACGAGCUGCAGCAGCUUGCCCACCACGGGGCCGAGGUUAUUGCCGCUCGCUACAAUCGCGAUGGGCAGAUGUUGCUGACGGGCUCCUUUGACCACACUGCAGCCAUCUGGGAUACACGCACCAAGAGCUGCUGCCAUCAAUUGCGGGGCCACAGCGCCGAGCUCUCGAACUGCGUGUGGAACUUCAGUGGACUGCUGAUUGCCACGGGCUCCCUGGACCACACGGCUCGGCUUUGGGACAUUCGCCGACUGGAUCAGGAGCUGCACCUGGUCUCCAAGCACAGCGACGAGGUGCUGGACGUGGCCUUCGAUGCGGCGGGCAGACUUCUAGCCACCUGCAGCAGCGACUGCACGGCGAGGGUCUGCGCCCUGGACGGGUCAGCUGCCUCCGAGCAGCUGGAGAUGCUGUCGCUGAUGGCGGGGCACAGUGAUGAGGUGUCCAAGGUGUGCUUCAGCCCCAGCGGAUGCAUGCUCCUCACCGCCUCAGCGGACAACACGGCCCGUCUGUGGCUGACCGAGUCGGGCCACUGCUCCCAGGUGCUGGCCGGACACGAGGCCGAGGUCUUCAGCUGUGCCUACAGCUAUGCGGGCGACGCGAUCCUGACGGCGUCCAAGGACAAUACAUGCCGCUUCUGGAGGUGAUACGACUGGUACACGGUGCAGCUAAACGAAGAGUAGUUCCCAUUAGCUGCCCAAAUGGGAAUACCAAUAAGUCCGGACAGAUCGCAGUGGGUUUUUCUUGUAUCAACAUUUACUACAAACUCGAGCGUAAUUUUGCUUUUCUCUCUCAAGGUUCCAUCAUCAACUUGCUUAUAAAUUAAUAGUUCUUAGCUUUCAUUCUCGUUUCUUUCAGAUCGGACAUUAUUGUGGGGUUUCUUUCUUUUGUUUUUUUUUGUUUUUGUAAAUUUUCUUAAUCGUUUUCUUUUGUUUUCCUUAAGGUUUAGGAUUUACUUUUUCGCUUUUCCAUAUAUAGAUAGUUACAGGUUUGUUUGCUAGUUUGGUUUUUCAAUUUUUUUGUUUUCUUUAGUUUAACAUUUUUACUCUUUACUUUUACUCUUUACUCUUUACUUUACAUUAUUAAGUGUUCGCAAUAGGCUGGCGACAUCUUUCCAUAUACAUAUAUAAAAGUGAACAAAAAGUGUUUUCAGUAACAAACAUUUUACAACUUACAAAAGUCCGCAUGGUUUCGGAAUCAAUAUUAAUACAUAGUUUUGUUGAAAUAAUAAACGUUCUUGUACACAAAUGUUUCGCGGCGAGGGCCUCUCGCCGUAUUAUCCUUCCUCAAAAUGAUUUCACUUCGCUUUAAAUGUAAGUUUUAAUUCGCGCUUUUCUCUUAGAAGUUUCUCCUCUCCUUUGCGACUAAACUGGAGGAGCUCAGAGGCUGGCGGGCACAUUAUAAACAGUUUGUUUGAUGAUUGCUUUUGUAAUGAGAGGUGACGGAACGAUAGAUCACACAGACA